AAUAAAAUCCCCUUUUGAGGAAUUUGCUCAUGGUCCAUUUGUCCGGUUUGAGGAUGUGGAUUCCAUUCUGUUUCACCUUUUUCAUUAAUGGUUUUUUUCCCCAUUUGCUCCUUUUCCUUCAUAAAAGUUAAAAACUCAACAGAAAGCGCAAACAAACACUCUUUCUUUCCUUCUCAUCCUUUCUUCCAUUGGUUAUGCAAGUCAAGUCCACUUCACCCACUGCACGCCUUCUACAAUUAAGGGCGUUCUUCAACUUUUGUUCUCGUAUUUCUCAAUCACAUUUCUUACCGUUCAAUCUCAUAUAUUUCUGCGAAGCUUUCUGUGUCUUUGGAUCCCAAUUCCACAGACAUCAGUCACAUCAUCUGAUUUCCAUGGAUCCGGCUUUCUAAGAAUUUCUGGAGAAUCCAUUUUUCUGAGAAAUGGCAGCAGCAGAGGCGUCCAGCUCCAAAGGGCAAGCAUGGUUCUGCACUAAUGGCCUGCCCAGCGACAUUAUUAUCGAAGUUGAUGACAUGAGCUUCCACCUCCACAAGUUUCCUCUGAUGGCAAAAAGUCGAAAGCUUCACCAGCUGAUAACGGAACAAGAAUCAAAUCAUCCCUCAUCAGCAAAAAUCCAAGCAUCUGGAAUCGAAGAAGUGGAAGAAGACGACGAAAUUGCGGAAGAACACUGUCGUAUAACAUUCACAGACUUCCCUGGCAGCUCCGACGCCUUUGAGAUGGCUGCUAAGUUCUGCUAUGGCGUCAAAAUCGAUUUGUCCGCAUCCAAUGUGGCUCCUCUCCGCUGUGCCGCGGAGUUCCUUGAGAUGACCGAAGAGUACUCUGAAGACAACCUCAUCUCCAAGACUGAAAGGUUCUUAUCCCAGUCUGUUCUCAAGAGCAUCAAGGACUCCAUUAAAGCCCUAAAAUCAAUCGAGCCCUUGAUGCCCCUAUCGGAGGCUUUAGCCAUUCCGCAGAGGUGCAUAGAUUCCAUUGUUUCCAGAGCGUCGUCGGCCAAUCCGGCUUUGUUUGGAUGGCCGGUUACCGACGCCGGAACUAACGAUGCUUCCACUCGGAGUUCUUUGUCGAAGCAGGUCCUGUGGAACGGAAUUGAGUCUGGUGGAAGAAGAAAGAGCAUCCCUAGAGGGGACUCUUGGUUUGAGGAUCUUGGGCUCCUGAGUUUGCCCCUGUUCAAACAAGUGAUUCAUGCCAUGAAAGAGGCAGAUUUGAGUCCAGAUAUAAUAGAGAGCAGCCUCAUGUAUUAUGCGAAGAAAUACAUUCCAGGGGCUUCAAGGUCAAGUCGAAGGCCAAUGACGUCCUCGUCCUCGUCUGUAGUUUCAGAGGCUGAACAGAAGGAGCUGCUGGAGUUUAUACUCUCCAAUCUGCCCCUGGGGAAGAGCUCUGGGUCCUCAACAGCAACAAGGUUUCUGUUCGGCUUACUCCGAACGGCCAAUAUAUUGAACGUUUCCGAAGCGGGCAGAGAUGCGUUGGAGAAGAAGAUAGGAUCGCAGCUCGAACAAGCUACACUAGACGAUCUUCUCAUACCGAGCUAUUCGUAUCUUAAUGAAACGCUCUACGACGUUGAUUGUGUGGAAAGAAUUCUGGCUCACUUCUUGGCCGCUUUACAAGAAAGAAACGCCGCUGCGGGUGGUGAUGGAGGGGUCGCUAGGUCGCCGGCGUUGAUGGUUGUUGGGAAACUAAUUGACGGGUAUCUGUCUGAAAUUGCUUCAGAUGCAAAUCUAAAGCCUGAGAAGUUUUAUAAUUUCGCUCUCUCUCUUCCUAAUCAAGCCAGACUCUUCGACGACGGUCUCUAUCGUGCUGUAGAUGUCUAUCUCAAGGCACAUCCACGGAUAUCGGAGGCAGAAAGGGAAAAGAUAUGCGGAGUGCUUGACUGUCAGAAGCUGACACUAGAAGCGUGCACUCACGCGGCACAGAACGAGAGACUUCCGUUACGAGCAGUGGUUCAGGUGCUAUUCUUUGAGCAGCUUCAGCUGAGACAUGCCAUCGCAGGGACUCUAAUGGCAGCGGAGGCGGCUGCAGAGCCAGGGAGGCCGUCCGCGGCGCUGGGGCGAGAAGAGGAGGGAGACGGAGCAAUAAUAGCGGGUGCGCACGAUGGCAGCAGCACGUGGCGGGUGGCGGUGAGGGAGAAUCAGGUGUUACGCUUGGACAUGGAUAGCAUGAGGACGCGGGUGCAUCAGCUUGAACGCGAAUGUUCAUCAAUGAAGAAAGUAAUCGAGAAGAUUGACAAAUCGAGCCCUCAUCGUGAGCAAGGAGGCGGCGGCGGCGGCUGGAGAAAGAAAUUUGGUUGCAAAUUCAAAACACAAGUCUGUGAUUCUCAUGAAUCAGCGGUCGUAGACCGACGGCAAGGACGAGUCGGAGUCCCCCAACACCAGCUGAAGCAGCAUGAUCAUCGUCACCGCGAAUAGGCAGCCAAAUCCCGUGGGGUUAGUCCGCAUGUGUUAUGCUGAAUCCUAUCCUAACUUUCUGCCACGUGUCCUUCUCAAGAAGCAAUGAUUGAUUUAUUAAAAAAGAAAAAGGCAAACAGAGCAAGGCCAAUAAUUCGGGUGAUUUGGUAAAUGUCGAAAUGAGGCAGCUUUUGAGGUGAUGGAGAUGGACAGAGCAUGAAUAAUACAGUGCGUGCCAUGGUGGGGACAUUGAGAUGCAUGCUGGGAUAACACAGAUUCCUUUUUCCAAGUUUUGGACGGUUUGCUAGGGUGCUCAUAAUCAUUGCUUCCAAUGGAAGGUGCUGAGCAUUUGGGUAGGGUAGUCCCCCCACAAAAGGCUCCUUCAUUUGAGGCUGUUCCGGUUGCUGACAUGAUGCUUCCAUUAUCUUGUUCAGCAUAUUUGUUCUCCUUCUCCAAAUUAGGUGCCGUCAGUCAAAGCUAUUAGUAUUACUAUUCUUUAGCUCUGUUCCAUAAAUUUGCAGGCCAAAGCAAUAAUGACAAAUUCAGUCCAAAAAAAAAAAGCAAUAAUGACAAAGGAUGAGGAAUUGAAUGGUUCAUGGGUUUGACUCAUAACGCCCAAUUUUGAGAA